GCUGCUGAGGCUGGAAGAUCCAGAGGCAGGGGUGUAGCGGGACGAGGGAACCAGAGGAAGCGAGCGAGGAGAGCGCAGAGCACGCUUUUCCGCCCGCCCGAGGGGCCGGAGCAGACCGGCCCGGCGCCGCCGCCUACCCGCCACACAAAGCCCAGAGCCCGCGCCCACAGCCAUGUCCUCCUCCGCCGGCAGCGGCCAUCCGCCCAGCCAGAGCCGCGCCUUCCCCACCCACACCGUGGUCAUCAGCUACGCCGCGCAGCUACCUCAUGACCACUGCACGGCGCCCGAGGGGACGCUCUUCUCCACCACACCAGGAGGAACUCGAAUCAUUUAUGAUAGAAAGUUUCUGUUGGAUCUUCGCAGUUCUCCCAUGGCUAGGACCCCACCCUGCCAUCUGCCCAAUAUCCCAGGAGUCACUAGCCCUGGCACCUUAAGUGAAGGCUCCAAAGUAGAAGUCAGUAAUUUGAACAACCCUGACAAGAAACAUGCAGUUGGGGGUGGUGCCAGUUGGAGAUGGACAUCUGACUCUCCUGCAAGGAUUAGAAGAAAAGCAGCAACAGGGACACCUGAAUGCACCUGAUUUGGCCAAUAGGAUCAACAGUGAAAAGACCGAAGAGGCAAUACCAGCAGUCCCCAUUACAUUCUCCACCUCCCACUCCUCCUCUGGGUGCCAAAUGAUGAUAGGAAGAUAAGCUUCAUCUGACCAUUUCUUCUCCCUGUCUCCUGUUCCCCUUCCCAGUUAAACAAGUUAGAUUGAAGGCCCUUGGUGUAUUUUCUGUAGAGCUAAGCAUCCCUUAGAGGAAAACAGUUAAACUCUGGCUUUCCUAGUUUUCUUUU